CUUUCAACCAUCUAGUCAUUCAUCACACUCAUAUCAAAUUAACAAACACAAAAACCAAUUAACAAAAUUGUGUGAUAUAUAUCAUCAAUGGCUGCUUCUUAUUAUAAGGGCAUCAAUGUUGCAUCAACUUAUGUAGUAGCCUUAAUGUUAUGCUUCAAUCUACUAUCAUUGACUAAGGUGAGUUCCAACUAUGUCAUUCCUACAAUUCCAAUACCUAUUGAAAAGGGUACAUGCCCUAUAGAUGCCCUUAAGUUAGGGGUGUGUGCCAAUGUGUUGAACUUGGCUAAGGUCAAAUUAGGGUCACCACCAACCCUACCAUGUUGCAAUCUCAUUAAGGGUUUGGCUGAUCUUGAAGCUGCUGCUUGCCUUUGCACUGCCCUCAAAGCCAAUGUCCUUGGACUCAACCUUGAUGUUCCUCUUUCCUUGAGCCUCAUUCUCAACAAUUGUGGAAUUAACAACAGUGCUUUCAAGUGUAAUUAAGUAUUAAACUCAUCAUUGUUGUUUAAUUAAUUUGUUAUAUAGUAUUCUUAUAUAUAUAUAUCUAGUAUGUCUGGUAUUCGUUUGGUCAUUGAGACAUGACACAAAUACAAAGACAGAGAGAUCGAAAAUGUAUGUAUUUCAAUUACUUUUCUAUUUUAAAAAAAUAUUUAUUAAGAAAUAGGCUAUUUUAUAUUCAUAUUUUUAACUCUAAAUAUAUUUUCGUGUCUCUUUGUCUUUGUAUUUAUAUCAUAUCUCAUUUGUCAAACAAGUAUAUAUGUGCAUGUUUGUUGCUAAUUUUGUGUGUGUGUGUGUGUUUUUUUUAGUUGUGUGUUAAUGUAGUUUUUCUUCUUGAGUGCUUACCAUGCAUGUUUGUGUUUUUCAAGUGUAUAUGGAAGAUUACUCAUCCUCCUUGCUCUCAUCAGUUUCUUCUAUUGUCUAUUUAAUUAAUGCAUGGUUUAAUAAUGUAUAUAUUGAGUAAAAUAAAAAAUGUACUACUUGUAAUUAUUCUUGUUA